CGGCGGCUUCGGGAGAGGGACGCGUUCUCCGCGCUGUUCCGCGGAGGUCGCGCUCCUACGGCCGCCUUACCCGAUGGAAAUCCUUGGAGAAAAGCCAUACGAUUGGGUAACUCGCUUCCUUUUCGAUGGCGGGUUUUGUUUUGGAGACGAGGAUGCCGGCGGGGCGCGGGCGGGGCUCCCGCGGGGAGGGUGACGGCUCCGCUCAAAAACCCGUCGGCCGCCGCGGAGCCGGUCCGGCCGCCCCCUCCCCGCGAUGGUGACAGCAGCGAGCGGGCGGCGCGGCCGCACCCCGCACCGGGGCGGUCACCGCGGCUCCUCCGCACGCUGCCCGCGCAGACCCGAGCGGCGGCGGCGACCGGCGGCGGCGGCGGCGGUGGGGGGGGGACACAGCCCGCAGGACCUGCAGGCUUUCCGCGACUACGGGGAGAGCUGGUACCGCUCCCGAAAGGGGAUGGAGAGCCGCUUCCAGCCGCGGGAGCCGCUCGCCCGGCAGCCGCAGGUGACAGCCGAGGCGCGCUGCAGGCUGGUGAGCUGGCUCAUCCCCGUGCACCGGCACUUCGGCGUCUCCUUCGAGGCGCUCUGCCUGGCCGUCAACAUCCUCGACCGCUUCCUCUCCACCACCCCCGUGGCCGCCGAUUGCUUCCAGCUCCUGGGGGUGACGGCGCUGCUCAUCGCCUGCAAGCAGGUGGAGGUGCACCCCCCCAGCGUGAAGCAGCUCCUCGCCCUCUGCUGCGGAGCCUUCACCGGCCAACAGCUCCGCAACCUCGAGUGCAUCGUCCUGCACCGCCUGCGCUUCGACCUGGCGGCGCCCACCGUCAGCUUCUUCCUGGAGCACUUCAGCCAGGUGCGGCUGGAGGCGCGGGGCGCCGAUGCGGGGGAGGCUGCCGAUGCCCGCAGUCUGGCGGGGGGCUUCGCCGAGCUCAGCCUGGCCGACUACGCCUUCACCAAAUACGCGCCCUCGCUGCUGGCCGCCGGCAGCCUGGGUCUGGCGGAUCGGCUGCUGCGCCACCGCAGCCCCCUGGACCUGCGGGUCAGCGGCUACCCCGAGGGGCUGCUGCGGGACUGCAUGGACCAGCUGCAGCUCCUGGUGUCCCUGAACGGGCGGUCCCUGCCCCUCCUCCUGCCGCCGGAGCUGGCCCAGAAGUGCCCCUGGCUGCGGGGUGACAGCGGGUGACAGCGGCGGUGCCCCCGUCCCCUGUACCCCCAGCAAUGGUGCGGCGUGCCAUUGCCGCGUUUUGUCCCAGAGCCGAUGGGAGUCCGGUCAAACAGGCGGGAGUGGCCCCGGAGCGUCAAAAAUCGGAUGGCGUUUUGCACGCGUUGUUCCUGUAUGUCACCUGCGCUCUCCCUGCUCUGUUUUUGGGGUUUUUUUUUUUAAGUUAUAGGAUCGUAGAACGGUUUGGGUUGGAAGGGACCUUAAAGCCCAUCCAGCUCCAACCUCCCUGCCAUGGGCAGGGUGAACAAUUUUUAUAUAUGGGUAUUUUUCUCUUUUUCUUUAAUUAAAAAGACCCUCAAAAUGCAAAUCAGCUACUGCUGGUUCCUCUCUCCUGCCUCUGGGGUCACUAAAUAUUGUGAUAUUCCAGCAGACUUACUCUGGCUAUUAAAAUUUGAUUUUCUUUCAAUAAUUUAGAAUUAACUAGGGGAGAAUUAAAGCAAAAUAUUAAUGUAAGUGGUUCAGUGGCCUCUUGCUAUGUUCACCCUGACCCCUUCUCCUUUUACAGGCAAACACAAGGUUAUUUCUUUUCUUUUAAGAGAACCACUCCUUUUUUCCAAUGACCUUCCCCUUUACACUUAUCUUUCUUUGCGCAUGGCAGGGACACCUCCCACUACAUCAUGUUGCUCAAAGCCUCAUCCAGCCUGGCCUCGAACACCUCCAGGGAUGGGGCAUCCACGGCUUCUCUGGGCAACCUGUGUCAAUGUCUCAGCACCCUCACAGUAAAAAGUGUCUUCCUAAUGUCUAAUGUAAAUCUGCUCUCUUUCAGCUUGUAACCAUUACUCUCCACCCUACCCCUGCACUCCCUAAUUGAGAGCCCCUCCCCGGCUUUCCUGGAGCCCCCUUUAAGUACUGGAGGCGGCUCCAAGGUCUCCCCAGAGCCUUCUCUUCUUGGAGCUGAAUGACCCCAGCUCUCCCAGUCUGUCCUCAUACGAGAGGUGCUCCAGCCCUCGCAUCAUCUUCAUGGCCCAACGUGUAAAUAGUAUACAGAACCUCAAGUACUGUGUUAUUUAUUUGAAGAACAGUCCAUAAAGUAAUGGUGGA